CCCACGGCAUCGAUCGUCAUCACUACCGGUACGGUUGAUCCACCUCAUCCCCGGAACUGGAGACCUUCGAUAUCAAAUCCAAGAAUACCCAGAAUACCUAACCACUACCAAACUCGCCAUAUUUUUCUAAUAGACCUCGACCGACUCCUCACGCCGCCGAAUAUCCCUCGCUAGCACCCUCUUUCCGAACCGCAUCCGCAGGCCAAUAAUGCGCCGACAACGUCCACUCCCGCCGCGCAGGUGACCGGCGUUGCAGAACCACUCCGGCUGGCUAUAUCAUUGACUGCGUUCUAGAGCGGUGAAAUAUCUACUAUACGAACGGAAUGCGCUCGACGAUCUAACCCUCGACUCCGAUCCCGAUUUUGCGCUAUCGACCUAUAUCGCUCCCACCAUGGCGGACCCCUCUUCCCAACUGCUGAGCGAAGUAAGAAACGUACGGGACGAUCAGACACCACCGCCGAAUCCUGUUGAGGCGCAUGUCGCUUCUCCUGGGUCCACGAAAUCCGUCCGGUUCGCGGCCGAUACGAAGUCGCCCGAGUCUGUGAUCGAGUCCGCGACCGAGUCCGCCAACCUCUUGAACGCUGCGCGGUACAAGCGCGGUAAACUAAAACGUCCGACCCGACAGCUGCUCCAGCAUCAGAAUUCAUUGCAGAGCGGUAAUGGUAAUCAAUAUGAUAUCACCACUACACCCGAACCGUCUCCACGAAUUCAACCGUCGCGUACUCGACAACAGAAGUCACAGAGCAGGAACAAGCAUAUUCUUGCGCCGGAAAGUGACGAGAAUGUGACCUCUCCAGAACCAUUAUCCGAAGAACCAGCUGAAUCAACGAAUUCUACGAAACGAAGAGCCCAUCAGUUGGAUGAACUGGAGUUUGGCGGCCCGCUCAACGACAGGCCAUCGAAGAGGCAGAGAAAUGAACCCUCACAAUCAGUGUCUAGCUCUGCGAGUGGACAAUCUGGCGGCGAGCUGCCACCGGUGGAAGGCGAUAGACGAUCAAAACGCCAGAGAGACGAAUCCCCACAAUCAGUGCCUCGAUCUACGACUAGACAAUCAGGCGGAUGGGCUCGGUCUGUGGGUGAGCUCAUCGGAGUUGUAGUGCCCGCACUAGGAAAACGGAGAGAAUCCUACGUGCUUGGCGAGCAAGAUCAAAUGAACGGGCACGUGUCUAGCUCUACCAGGUCUAAUCAGCCGAAGAGUUCACCAAGAGGAGCGGCUCAAAUGAAUGGAGUGACACGGAAGCGAACGCGACUAGUAUUCGAAUCAGAAGACGAAGGCCAAGCACAAGAUCCUUCGCUCUUCGUACAAGAUGAUGAGAGCGGAGAUGAAGAUGGAGAUGACACCAGUAGCGAGGAAGAUGAAGGCUCCCUGCUAUCCAAGAAUCCCAUCUACGGACAACGGCCGGAAAUUGACCGUGCACUAAAAGACUUUAAAGGCUUUAAGUGCGAUACGAGUGUUUGGAGACCGUCCAAGAUUGACAAUGUCGAAUCAAUACGAUCUUGCGUGAAGCGGAUCCGCCGCUCGAACUUUCUGGAAGGGGACGAAUAUUCCGCCAUCUACGCCGUGGUUGAGACAACUGGCGAACUUAAGAAUUUCAUGAAACCAAUACUGCGUAUGGCCGAGGGAUCUAUUAGCCUUCGUGCCGAAAUUUUCACCGUCGUCAUCCCGGCCCUUCUACAAAUGCUCGAACACUUCGUCCGUCACCUUGAUCAACCCUUUCAGGACGAUCACGACGAGUUUCAUCAAGGAUCGGACUUCGGAUUCACGCCCGAGAUCUUGGGCGCGUUGGAUCAGUUACUAGGGUUGAUCGUCUCGACAUAUGAUGAGGCUUUGCGAAUCCUGCCUCGACCCGAGUUCGGAUACCGAGGGCCCCUCCGUAACCAGGUGGUUGCCAAAUUACGACGCGUUCAUACAUUUCUUCACAAGAUGAUUCGAAACCAGCAUCCGGAACGGCUGGUUGUUGCGAAUGGUCAUGAGCUCGUCCGUUCCAGAGCCCGAGGUCCAGGGAGUAACUCCAGCCUUGUUAUCGAAGAAGAAGAUGAUGACGAUGAAGAGGAGGAGAGGGGGGAGGCGCAAGCUGAGCAAACGAGGCAACAACUUGAAAUUGAGCGGGAGAAGCGUGAACUGUGCCGCAAGGAGGUUCGUCUCUAUGAACUUUUCGUGGAGCGAAACAAGCACGAACCGGAGCCUCCCCGGAAACGCGGGAAACAGGAGGAAGACGACAAGCUGUGCCGUGACAUCAGCUGGGAAAAAAUGAUCCUUGGCACGACUGCUGUCAAACCCCGAGAGUCCUCGAUGGGUACGGAUGCCAAUGGUGAACGAUUCGAGAGGGUGUCGGUAUUCGAGCACCCGACAAAUACGUACCAGAGGACACUCGAAUGGACAUUGGGGCAGAAACUGGCUUUGAUCACCGAACUUCAGAGGUGUGUCCACUUGUAUCAAACCAACGCCGAAACCGAAAGUGAAAAGGACGAGUUCCGGGCACAACUCUGGCCUCAUCUAUUUCAACAAUUAUGCCAUGCAAGACCGAAAUCUGCGAGAAAUGGGCCGCCCACUGGAGAGGACGGUGCGCUACGUGAUUUGAAAGCAGAUGAGAUACUUGCAGGCGGACGGUUUGUUCAGCGGGGUUGGCUGCAGGUUCGGAGAGACGACCCCGAGGGUUAUCGAGCCAUUUUCGGAAAGGUUGAUCUAGAGGAUGAUCUGAUCGAGACAUUGCCGGAUAUGGACUUGCUGGCUGAUAACUGGGAGGAGAAGAUGCUUGAUUAAGUGAUUCGUGAUCACCGUUACACUGCUUCACGGACCCUGAAAUCAGGGCAAUCGUGCUACCUCGGAAUUGAUUCCACGAGACAUCCGUACAUGAUAUAAUGACUACUACCUACACGAACAAAUUCCAAAUAGCCACGACC